AUGACCCAGGCCGUCAGUGACCCCGAGGCUGCCCCAAGGCGUUCCUCAGUGGCCAAGAUAGACGUCCAUGAUCAGGCCAUCGAUGCAACUAUCCACGAGCACUCGCUUGGGUUCUGGCAAGCUUUGAGGCUCUAUCCCAAAGCUAUCGGCUGGGCUGCCUAUUUCUCCUUGGGAAUCAUCGUAACGGCCUUCGAUCCUCAGCUCAUCGGCCAGCUGAUUGCCACACCUGCAUUCCAAAGGGCCUACGGCCGCGAACACGAUGGAGAAUUCUACAUUGCCGCCCCGUGGCAGAGUGCUUUGAAUAUGGGCGCACCCAUCGGUCAGAUCUUCGGCGCCUUCACCGCCGGAUCUUUGAUGGAGAAGAUCGGUCGCAAGAAGUCAUUCGGGCUCUGCACAAUUGCCAUCACCGGAUGCGUCUUUAUACAAUUCUUCUCCGGCUCGCUCGCCGUAUUAUUCGUCGGCGAGCUCUUUGCUGGCCUGGUCCUGGGUGUCUUUGUCACUAUUGCACCCGCCUACGCCUCCGAGGUUGCGCCUCUGGCGGUCCGUGGCGUCGUUACGGCUUCGAUCAAUCUCUGCUUCGCAGGGGGUCAGUUGAUGGCCAAUGGAACCGUUGCCAGAUCCCAGAAACUUGAUUCAAGAUGGGCCUUCCGUAUCCCGUUUGCUGUGCAGUGGCUGUGGCCAUUGAUCAUCGUUGCCGGGUUUCCUUUUGCCCCUGAAAGCCCUUGGUGGCUGCAAAGACAGGGUCGCCUCGAGGAAGCCGAAAGAGCCCUGAAGAAGCUCUCGAGUUCUUCGGUCGACGUCAAAGCAACACUCGCCAUGAUAAUCGAGACGGACCGCGCCGAGCAAGAGAUCCAGGUGGGCUCCAAGUACCUGGACUGCUUCAAGGGUAGCAACCGCAGGCGAACACACAUCUCGAUCGGCGUCAUCUGCAUCCAGGUCUUCUCGGGAGUCUAUCUUGCCACGUACGCCACCUAUUUCUUUCAGUUGGGAGGAUUGCCGACAAGCCAAUCCUUCAAUAUGAGUCUGGGAAUGACAGGGCUCGGGGCUUUCGGAACCAUCCUCUCAUGGUUUACACUCUCGUACCUGGGCCGCCGUAUUCUCUUCGUCUACGGCCUUGCCAUCCUAACGGCUCUUCAGUUCGUCAUUGGCGCUCUCGACUGCGCACCGAACUAUGAAAACAGGCCUGGCUUCGCAUGGGCCGAGAGUGUCGUCAUGCUCAUCUGGUACUUCAUUUACUCCAUCACCAUCGGUCCUGUGGCCUAUGUCUUCCUAUGCGAAGUCUCAGCUGUUCGUGUGCGUGGCAAGACUAUCGCCAUUGCUCUCGCAGCACAAGGAGUUGCUACCAUCUUCAUGACGGUCUGCUUUCCUUACAUGGUCAACCCGGAUGAGGGUAACAUGCGAGGCAAGAUUGGCUUCUUCUUUGGUGGUCUGGCCUUCUGUUGCCUGAUUUGGUCAUGGUUCAAACUGCCAGAGCUGAAGGGAAUGACAUUCCAUGAGGUUGACUGCUUGUUUGCUCAGGGAACCAAGGCCAGGGACUUCAAGCGAACCAACAUCACAGACGGUGUUGAAAUGGUCGGCGCAAAGGCUGCCCCUGCGAUGAAGGUGAAGGAGGAUAAGGUUUAG